AUGAUUUCGAUCAUAAUCAUACAAAAAUUUAUUUAUAAUCUAUAAAUAAAUACAAACUAAUCUCUCUCUCUCUCUCUCUCUCUUAAACUCCUAACCCAUGGCCAUGGAUGAGCUCAAACCCUACUCCGUCGUCGUCGUCGUCAUCCUCCCCAUCGUCGUCGUCUUCUUCUUCCUCCUCCGGCCCCGGCGCGGCGGCGCGGGGCCCCGCGCUCUGCCCGUGGUAGGGCACCUACACCUCCUCGCGCCGCUCCCGCACCGCGCGCUCGCCGAGCUCGCCGGCCGCCACCGCGGCGCGCCGCUGCUCCGCCUCCGGCUCGGCGCCGUGCCCUGCGCCGCCGCCUGCUCCGCCGCCGCCGCCGCCGCGCUCCUCCGCGGCGCCCACGACCCCCGCGUCUCCGACCGCCCCGCCGGCGCCGCCGUGCGCCGCCUCACCUACGGCGGCGCCGACUUCUCCUUCGCCCCCCUCGGCCCCUACUGGCGCUUCGUCAAGAAGCUCUGCGUCGACCGCCUCCUCGGCGCCCCCACCCUCGCCCGCCUCCGCCGCGUCCGCACCGAGGAGCUCCAGGCCAUGCUCGCGGCUGUUCGACGAAAUGCCGAGGAGAACGCGGCUAUCGACGUCGGCCGCGAGCUCAUCAGAUUGACCAACAAUGUGAUAUCAAGGAUGAUGAUGGGCCGGCGAUCGUCGGGGACCGACGAAGAGGCGGAGGACGUGAGGAAGGUGGUAGGGGAAGUUGCGGAGCUCGCCGGAAAGUUCAAUGUAUCGGAUUACAUCGGAUUCUGCAAGAACUGGGACUUGCAAGGUUUCAAUAAGAGGCUGGAUGACGUGCACCGGCGGUUCGACGCGAUGGUGGAGAAGGCGAUAAAGGAGAAGGAGGCGGCAAGGGCGAAAGCGAGAGAGAGGCAGACUAGGAAGGAGGAGGAGGAGGAGGAGGAGGAGGAUGAUGCAGGAAAAGACUUGUUGGAUAUAUUGCUUGACAUAUAUGAAGAUGAGGGUGCAGAAAUGAGGCUUAGCAGGGAGAACAUCAAAGCUUUUAUUUUGGACAUCUUCGUUGCUGGCACUGACACAUCAGCGAUCACGAUCGAGUGGGCCCUGGCAGAGCUGAUCAACCACCCUGACAUCCUCCGAAAAGCCGUUGCGGAGAUCGAUUCGGUCGUCGGCAAGCACCGGCUCGUCAACGAGUCCGACAUCCCUAACCUCCCCUACCUCCAAGCCAUAGUCAAGGAGACCCUCCGCCUCCACCCGACAGGCCCUCUCAUCGUCCGUAAAUCCUCCGCCGACUGCACGGUUGGCGGGUGCCACAUCCCCGCGGGGACGACACUCUUCGUAAACGUGUGGGCCAUCGGGAGGGAUCCCGAACACUACAAGGACCCGUCGGAGUUUCGCCCGGAGAGAUUUUUGCAGGGCGGAGAGCAGUAUGGAGUGGAUGUGAGGGGGCAACAUUUUCACUUCAUACCGUUCGGGACCGGCCGGAGGAGUUGUCCUGGGACUUCACUGGCAAUGUUGCUGGUGCAGGCGGCUUUGGGGGCGAUGUUGCAGUGUUUUGAGUGGAGAGUCGAAGGUGGGACCGUCGACAUGGCGGAGGGCCCCGGGAUCACGCUCCCGCGGGCGAGCCCCUUGGUGUGCACUCCGGUGGUGCGAUUGGAUCCAUUUCCGCUGCCAUAGGGAUAAAUUGCAAUUCCAAAUGCGGUCUAAAGAAGUUUAGUACUCAAAUUGCAAUUUGUUGCACUUUCUAGUUCGAACUUCCAAACCUGUUACAACCCACUAUAUACCACAUCCAUUUUAGUAGAUUGAAUGAUGAUGAGUCGCUGGUGUGACAGUAAUCAUUCUUAGUCAUUGCCAUAUUAUCCAACCACAGUCAGUCAACUAUAUUAUACUGUAAGAUUUAAUCGUGACAAUCUAAAAAGUUUGAAUAAA